CUCGGCACGUGUUUUGAAAUGUCAACGUUCCUUUUGUUUGGUGGUGAAUUCGCGAUGACCCGAAACCGGUAGGAUGAAAAUUAGACCGCAGAAAAAUGUUCGACAAGGCUUGGUUGGUGGUCGGGGCCGUGGCCGCGGCCGGGUGAACCAGCCGAAAAGCCGCAAAGAGUUGCGCAAGGAAAAGCGGCAGCAGAAGAAAAUAAAUCGCUUCAACUAUCACAACCGCAGCCGGAAGGAACGGUAUGAGAAUGCAGCAGGAGGAGGCAAGAACGGAAGUAAGAAGGCUGGAGAGGACGCCGACUCGGAAGAUGAAGAGUUCCACGAUAACGACGUUGAUGAUGAAGAGAUCGAUUCGGAUCUGUGCUCUGGUGGGGAGGAUGAGAAAGAAGACCAGCAGCAGCAGGGACAGCAGCGCCCGAAGAGCGCCCUCUUAACCAACCAGCUGGAUGUGGAGCGGGAGAAGGAAAUGAUGGAGCUGCGUCAGUACGAAGAAAGCUUGAAGAAGAAACGUAUCGAUCAGCUAGAGGCGGCCAACGAGGAGGACGAUCGCAUUAUCAAGAAGUACGAAAAGCUGCUGCACAUCAAUCGACGCAAGAACAAGGAGGGUGUACCGAAGAGCUUCGACGAUGGGCUCGAUUAUGCGCUGGAACUGUGCACUGACGACAGUAUCCGCAAGAUGUACGAAGCGGCAAAGGAGGCCGCGGAACUGGAAGAGAACUCGUCCGAUGAGUUUGUGGAAGAUUUGCAGCAGGCCGUAGGUGCUGGAAGUGGUGUUGCUGCGGCAACGAAUGGCAAAUCGGUGCCAUCUGGCGAGCAGAGUGGUGUGGCGGAGACGGAAACAAAGCUUUCGCAAAAGGAAAGGCGACGUGUGGAAAAUCUUCGGAGAAUCGAGGAAAAGCAUCUCGGACUAGAUGAGAUAGAUGAUUUGGGUGCUUACGAUUCGGAGUUGGAAAUCGAAAUGGACGAGGAACAAGACGGAGACAUGGAUUCGGAUUACUCAGAAAGCGAUGAACUGUAUUCGGGUACGGAUGAUGAAGGUAGCAGUGGGGCGGAAGAGGACCAGGACAAUCAGCGGAAGAGAAAGGUAAAGUUUGCUGUGGACAGUAAACCGGCAAAGAAUGGCAAGAAACGGAAAACAUCCUCGUACGAAUCCGACGAGGAUGAAACCAGCGAACAGGACGAAGAAGCGGAUGAGCAACAAAAACCGAAGAAAGGCGAAAAGGAAAACAGUGUCGGUCGUUUCGUUUUAUUGAACCCUACCAAAAAGAAAGUCAAAAAGGCGACGGAAGCUAAGAAAGCUAAGAAAUCUAAAAAAUCCACCGAAAGCGACGAGUACACCGAUUCUGAUGAUGACGCUGAGGAUGAAGAUGAUGGAUUGGAUGAUCUGCUCGAUGGACUGGAUUCGGAAGGUUCACUUUCGGAGGAUGGAGGAUCCGAUUCCGAUGGUGAUGGAAAGGCCACCAACGGCGAUGGUACCUGGGAGGACAUUUAUGGACGCAAACGAGAUAAGUCGGGAAAUGUUAUCAAAGAGGAAACCGCUGGUGCACCCGGCACCGGUGGUGGAAAAUAUGUUCCCCCUCAUUUGCGGGCCAAGCAGGAAGCACAAAGCUCGGCGUUGGAAGAUCCGAAGAGGCAGGAGAAACUACUCCGCCUAAAGCGCCAACUUAAGGGUCAGGUGAACCGGUUGGCCGAAUCGAACGUCCAUCGCAUAUCGAUUGAACUGGACAAUCUAUACAUGCAGAACGCACGGUUCGAUAUGAACAGCACGCUGACGAGCUUACUGCUCGAGGUACUGGUCGCACCUACCCUCAUCCCCGAACGAAUGGUGCUGGAGCAUAUGCUACUCGUUGCCAUACUGCAUGCUAACGUCGGCAGUGAGGUUGGUUCACACUUUCUCGAGACGGUUGUGGAACGUUUUCUCGCUCUCCUCCAAACGAUCGCCACGGAGGAGAACGAAGCGAAGCAGUUGGAUAACUGCGUGCAGAUUCUGUGCCAUCUGUACACGUUCGACAUUGUCAAGGGUAAGCUGGUGUACGAGAUGUUACAGAAACUGCUGGAGUGCUUCAAUGAGAAGGCAGUCGAAUGCAUUCUGCUGGUGCUGCGUACGAUAGGUUUCAUCCUGCGUAAGGAUGAUCCGCUUGCGCUGAAGGAUUUGAUCGUGACCAUACAGAAAAAGGCUGCGAAUGCACCAGAGGAGUUGAGGAAAGACACUCGCGUUAAGUUCAUGCUCGAGACGUUACUCGCGGUGAAGAACAACAACAUGCACAAGAUACCGGCGUACGAUCCGACGUUGGUCGAGCAUUUCCGGAAACUACUGAAGGGCAUGAUCACAAACGGAAAGUACGUAUCGACAAUGAACAUUGGACUGGACGACAUUGUCAACAUACCGGAGCGGGGUAAAUGGUGGCUCGUUGGCUCUGCCUGGCACGGUGCACCAAGCGCCAUCGCUGGGAAGACCCCCGACGCUGCCGGUCGCGAUGCGAGUGGUGGACAGUUCAGUGAGCAGCUGCUGGAACUGGCACGCCAGCAGCGCAUGAACACGGACGAUCGUCGGAAUGUGUUCUGUAUCGUGAUGAGCGCCGAAGAUUAUCUCGAUGCGUUCGAGAAGUUAUUGCGGCUCGCGAUCAAGGAUCUCCGGAUCGUAGUGUCCGUGAUAAUGCACUGCAGUCUUGCGGAGAAAGAGUACAACCCGUACUACAGUGUGCUUUCGCAAAAGUUUUGCGAAUACGAUCGUCGCUACCAGCUGGCGAUACAGUUUGCCCUGUGGGAUCGGUUGAAGGAAGUGCAUUCGCUGAAACCGCAGCAACUACGCAAUCUAGCACGCUUCAUUACACAUUUGAUCGGGGAGGGCGGACUGCCGCUCUCCUGUCUGAAGGUGGUCGAUUUUGCCGAUCUCGAUAAGGUGAGCCUGCGGUUGAUGCGCCAGGUGAUGCUGGGUCUACUGUUACCGGUGGAAGAGAACAAGUGUCUGCAGGUGUUCAGCCGCAUUACGGCGAGCUACAAACUGAAGGCGUUUAAGGAUAGUCUGCGUCUGUUUAUGCACCAUUUCCUUGCUCGCGGCAGCGCCUCCCAUAAGCAGUUGCCCGAGGAUCAGGUGCAGUUGCUGCAGCAGCGUAUCAAGCAGGCCGAUCAGCUGUUAGCAACCGAGGAUUCGCGAAUUCAGUUCGACGAUGAAUGAGACGUGGUGUGACGGCCUUUGUUAAAAUAAUAUAGAAAUUUAAUAAAUUGCACUGCAACAAUACAGGUUGUGCACACU